CUUCACCAAAAAGCGGCCUUGGCUUUUCUUUCCUCUCCCCUCUAAACUUCUUAUCAAACUCUCGUCGCUUCCCUCCUUUUUUUCCUCUCGUCAAACCGCAAAAUUUAUUACGCAAAAUGUCGAUUGAUCUCUGCACUUCAAACAUGGCAUUGCAUCCCCAGCCAAAAAUUCAACAACAAGAACCUGUUGUUUUCGACGCCUCUAUCCUUCAACACCAAACCAACGUACCCUCUCAGUUCAUUUGGCCUGAGCACGAGAAGCCCACCCUUGAUUCCCCGGAGCUUGUAAUUCCUCCUAUUGACUUGGGAAGCUUUCUGUCGGGAGACCCUAACGCUGCCUCGAAAGCUUCUCAGCUCAUUAAUGAGGCAUGCAAGAAACAUGGGUUCUUUCUAGUUGUCAAUCAUGGAGUUGAUUCGGGGCUUAUAGAAAAAGCUCAUGGAUAUAUGGACAAUUUCUUUGGCUUGCCACUAGCGGAGAAGCAAAGAGCUCAGAGAAAGAUUGGAGAACACUGUGGAUAUGCUAGUAGCUUUACUGGCAGGUUCUCCUCUAAACUUCCAUGGAAAGAAACACUGUCUUUUCGAUAUUCUGAUGAAGAUCAGUUCUCCAACAUUGUCCAAGAAUAUAUUUUGAACGUGAUGGGAGAAGAGUUCAAACAGUUUGGGAAGGUUUACCAAGAAUACUGUGAAGCAAUGAACACUCUAGCCCUUCAGAUUAUGGAGCUUUUAGGAUUCAGUCUAGGAGCUGGCCGAGAAUACUUCAAAGAAUUCUUUGAGGGAAAUGAUUCCAUAAUGAGAUUAAAUCACUAUCCUCCUUGCCAACAACCUGAUUUAACUCUCGGAACCGGGCCUCACUGUGACCCCACAUCCUUAACAAUCCUUCAUCAGGAUGAUGUUGAUGGCCUUCAAGUGUUUGUUGAUGAUAAAUGGCAUUUCGUUCGUCCCAAUCCACAAGCUUUUGUUGUCAAUAUCGGAGACACAUUCAUGGCUCUAUCAAAUGGCAUUUUCAAGAGUUGCUUGCACAGAGCAGUGGUAAACAGUAAAACAGUAAGGAGAUCCCUUGCUUUCUUUCUCUGUCCAAACAUGGAAAAGGUGGUGAAGCCACCAAAUGCCUUGAUCGACUCCAACAAUACAAGGAUAUACCCAGACUUCACAUGGUCAGAACUGCUAGAAUUCACUCAGAAACAUUACAGAUCCGACAUGAAUACCCUAGAUGUCUUCAGUAGCUGGCUGCGCAACGGAAGAACAGCUGAAACUGAGGGUAUUGUGAAAUGAUCUUUGCGAGGUCUGUGAAAGUGACGUUCAGGGAUUUGCAUUUGCUACAGAUGGUGGGUCUAUAGGAAAAAGGCAACACAAACACCAAAAAAUAGGCCAGCUGAUCUGUGAUUAGGUGUUAUAGUAUUGUGUAAGUGUUGGAGCGAAUAAUAUAAAUAAAAGAAGCAAAUGCGCAAAUAGUAAGAAUAAAGAGG